AUGGAAACCAGUGAGGAAAAAAAUUUGUUUUAUUUUGUGAAAGAUCCUCAACGUAAAUAUCUCGAAUUUGUCAAGGUUGACCUGACUGACAAAAUCAAAGAGAAGGAAAAAAUGAUAAAUGAGAUAAAAAAGCUAAAACCGCAAAAAUCUAAAACCAUAAUGAAUGAAAUGAUAAAGUUAAUGCCUAAUACAUCUCACAAAGGGGACGAAUUUAAGGCAUUGAAAGCCAAAAUUAAAGCGUUAGAAGCGAAGACAAAAAAAUUGGAUUUGUAUAUUGAGAUUUAUCAACAUAUGAAUAUUAUAGUUGAUGAAAUAUACAACAAUAUUAACCAAAUUUAUUUUGAAGGAGGUCAAGCGCAGAAAAACUUCAACAAUUUAUAUAUACUUGAACCUUAUACCGAAUAUCACCUUUACAAAGAGUUUAAUCUUGUAAUCAGCUAUAUGUAUGCUAAGCUGACAAAGAUAAAUGAUUGGGAAAAAGAGCCAAAACUUCUGACAGAAAUUGUAGUUUUGCGCGAGCUUAUUACUGGGUACACAAACGUUUUGGGAAUUCAAGAGACUGAAUUAAAGGCAAGAUUGGCAAAAGAAGACAAGAAACAUUCCAAUGACUCAGCGAAAAAGGAGAAGGGUUUAAUUGAAAGCGAGGAUGAUCAAAAUGAAGUUUACGUACAAGACAAAAUUACCGAGUUAAAAUAUGAAACAAAAAGUUAUCUGUCCAACAUUUUGCUUGCUUAUGAACAAAUUUACGAUAUUAUUAUCAAAAACAGAAAUGGUAAAAGCAUCAAACAUCAUACUAAUGUAAAAAAGGAGCUUCUCAAAACAUUGAAGGAAGCAAAUGCUCUAAAAUCUGAGUUGAUAAAGAGUUUUGCUUCAGAAAUUUUAACUUAUUAUCAAAAUGAAUGAAGCGCAGAUGACAAGCAUCACAAGAAUCGAAAUGAAGGUUUCUGAAAAAUUCGUGUACAUAUUUAUGUAAAUAUACUCCAUUAUGAAGAUACCGUUUUAUACCUCCACACUACUCCUUUUACAUUUUACACCCUUCUUUUUUCUGAUUAACCAAAAGACCGCAAGUGUUAUUUAUCCAAACCUAACAAACUGUAAGAACAACCUAAAGUUU